AACGACUGCAGAUCAAAUAAUGAAGAAAAAUCCAAACUUGAACAACCUAACUUGUCAUACAUGCAUCCCAAUAAUCGCCUCCUCGUUGCUUUCAAGCGUUAAGCUUUCGUCGCAGGGUUUCACUUCCCCUGGGAGAAAGGGGAAAGGGAACGAUUUCAAACAGAGGAUUGACAGAAUACUUCUGUUUUCAACAACCCAAGAACAAAGCAGAGCACCUUCUGUUCUUGUCCUUGACGUUUUUGAGUUUAGCUCAUCUGGGUCACUUCCGAAACCUCAUGGCACCCACUAUUUUCUUCAUCCUUUUGACCCUUCUAAUCGUUCCUGCAAACACCCAUCUUCAAUCCGAUGAAGAAGGCUUCAUCUCUGUGUUCAUAUCCGAACAGGGUCUUGAUUUCGUGAAGGAUUUGCUGAUAAACACGGCCGUUUCCUCUUUCACUCCCCUAGAGCUGCCCCCAAUUGAGAAAUCUGUGAAAAUUCCACUUGUGGGUAAAGUUCAUAUCGUUCUUUCGAAUAUUACGAUUUAUCAGGUUGGUGUUUCUUCUUCGUUUGUCAAGCCCGGAGAGAGCGGUUUAGCUAUAGUGGCAUCGGGCGCCACUGCUAAUUUGAGUAUGAAUUGGCGCUAUUCCUACAGUACUUGGUUAGUCCCGAUUGCAAUUACAGACAAGGGUGAAGCUUCUGUUCAGGUUGAAGGUAUGGAAGUUGGCCUUACUCUUGGUUUGAGGAAUCAAGAAGGAAAACUUCGGCUGUCUCUCUUGGAAUGUGGAUGUUAUGUGAAAGAUGUAUCCAUAAAGUUGGAUGGCGGAGCAUCUUGGCUUUAUCAAGGGGUAGUGGAUGCUUUUGGUGGGCAGAUAGGGUCUUCAGUUGAGGAGGCUGUUUCCCAGAAAAUCAGGGAAGGAGUUUUAAAGCUUGAUUCUCAAUUGCAAAAUCUUCCAAAGGAAAUUCGAGUGGAUAAAAUUGCUAUUUUAAAUAUCACUCUUGUGAAAGAUCCCGUGUUGAGUAAUUACUCCAUUGGCUUUGAGAUUAAUGGGUUAUUCACUGCAAUAGGUGAAGUUUCCAGUUUUUAUUAUUACCAUGAGAAGUCACUGGCUUCUGAUUACUGCAAAGGUCUUGCGAAGAUGGUUGGGAUCUCAUUACAUCAAAGUGUCAUCAACUCUGCGUCUGUGGUUUGCUUCAAUGAGAAUAUUAUGACAUGGGUUGUUGAUGAAUUACCAGAUCAGUCCCUUCUGAAUACUGCUGGCUGGAAACAUAUUGUUCCUCAGCUGUACAAGCUGUACCCGAACGAUGACAUGAAUCUGAAUAUUUCUGCAUCUUCUCCUCCGACUAUUCUAAUUUCAGACCAUGAUAUUGAUGCCACUAUUCACUUGGAUGUGACAAUCAAUGUUUUAGAUGCUGAAGUGAUUCCGGUUGCUUGCAUUGCAAUGGUCAUUCAUGUUUCAGGUUCUGCAGAAAUCCAGAGGAAUAGUCUAGUGGGAAGUGUUAGACUGGAUGAUUUUACAUUGUCUUUGAAGUGGAGCAAAAUUGGUAAUUUGCAUAUGCACCUCGUUCAGACAGUGACAUCGACCCUCCUCAAAACCAUGCUCUUGCCGUAUGCGAAUCUACGCCUCAGGAGAGGGUUUCCUCUGCCAGUUCUUCAUGGAUUUGGACUAAAGAAUGCUGAAAUACACUGGACUGAUUCAAGACUUAUGAUUUGCAGCGAUGUGGCAUUCACAGCAGAGAGAGGUCUUGAUCAUUUCCCCAUGUCCAACAACUAGUUGUGUUGUGCUUGUACAUAUACAUACAUCCAAGGUGCAAAGCAGCUCCCUUCAUGCCAUAAUUUUUAUGGAUACACAUUUUAGUGCAGAUCAAGAAGCAAUGUAGGAUUCAUCUGCCUAGUUGUUUCCUGCAAAUAUGUAACACGUUACAAAUGUCCCUCUUGUUUUUGGGAACCAUACUUCUGUUUAUUGUAACAUAUUCCAAAUUUCUCAUUAUUGUUUCUUAAAAACCAUAUUAGUGCAGUCCCUUCAAUUCCAUUUGGUUUGCGGGAAUUACAUUUUA